AUCGUGUCUCCCUGCAGAUUUUGGCUUUGCUCAGUACAUGUCCCCGUGGGACGAGAAGCACGUCCUGAGGGGCUCCCCGCUCUACAUGGCGCCGGAGAUGGUGUGUUGCCAGCAGUACGACGCGCGGGUGGACCUGUGGUCGGUGGGCGUUAUCCUUUACGAGGCACUUUUCGGGAGGCCGCCCUUCGCCUCCAGGUCGUUUGCCGAGCUAGAGGAGAAGAUCCGCAGUGACCGGGUCAUCGAGCUGCCCAGCCGGCCCCGGCUCUCCCCGGAGUGUCGGGAUCUCUUGCAACGCCUCCUGGAGAGGGACCCCUUGAAACGCAUCUCCUUUGAGGAGUUCUUCGCCCACCCCUUCGUGGACAUGGAGCACGUGCCCAGCCCGGAGAGCCUUGGCAAAGCGACCAGCCUGGUGGUGGAGGCAGUGAAGAAGGACCAGGAGGGGGAUGUAUCAGCCGCGCUCUCGCUCUACUGCAAAGCCCUGGAGUAUUUUGUGCCUGCUCUGCACUAUGAAAGUGAUGUUCGCCGGAAGGAAGCCAUCCGGGCAAAGGUGGGGCAGUACAUCUCCCGAGCAGAGGAGCUGAAAGCGCUGGUCAUGAGCGACAGCAAGAGUCUUCUGCAGCAAGGAAACCCUGCCAGGGAGAUCCUUAAAGAGAUGGCCAAGGACAAGCCUCGUCUCUGUGCUGCACUGGAAAUGGCUUCCGCAGCCAUUGCUAAGGAGGAGGAAGGCAAAGACGACGGUGACACCCUGGAGCUCUACCAGCAGAGCCUGGGCGAGCUGCUGCUCAUUCUGGCUGAGCCUGCGGGGAGGAGACGGGAGCUGCUCCACGCAGAGAUCCAGACGCUGAUGGCCCGAGCCGAGUACCUGAAAGAUCAUAUCAAGAUGCGGGAGGGGCAGUCUAUGGGCAAGGAGGCGCUGGGGGACACAAGGGCGCUAGCCGACCGCAUGCCGGGAUCCGGAGGGCUGCGCGACCGCCCCGCCGCGGGGAAGGGCCUGUGCGGGCGAUGA